AUGUGGACGACGUGGGUGUCGGCUCUUGGUAUGCUUCUCGGCCCUACCACGCUGAUGGGCGUCCACGUGCCGACGCCACAUAAGAAGGUCGCUGGUUCGAUUCCAGAAUGGAGAGCAAUAAAGAAUCGUGAGACAACAAUCAAUGAUACACUGCACCUCGUGCGCUCUUCCUCCGUCCUUCCUCGGCAGAGCGGUGCGAUUGGUGCCGGUAUGCUGCUGUCCUUGCCGACGAAGUUGGAUGACGACUACGGAAGUGACGAUGCGCUAGAAGAUAUGCCGGCCGAGCGAUUUGACUGA